AUGAAAGACGAUCGAUUCACAAUAAUUGUUUCCCUUCUGUUGGGCUUUCUCGAGUUCACAUUCCGAUUCGGCUAUGAUAUAAUGGCAUUCACCGUCGAAUCGGUCAUGUAUUCGGUGAAGGGACGAUGCAAGGAUUGUAUUAUCGAUUUUGCGGGAUAUUAUGGACAAGGUGUCUACUACGUUUUUUACACAGUUUCCUGCCUGAUCAGCCCUGGAAUUCUCCAUUCGAUCGGAAUCCGAAACACUCUUCUACUCUCGGUUUUAUGUUUUGGCACCUAUGUCACAAGUUUUCUCUACAUUCGAAACUUUAUCUAUUUCCCAGCGGCUGCCUUGGCUGGAUUCGGGUGUUCCUUGUUCUACUUGGCCACUGCUGCGUAUUCGGCGAAACACUCAACGAGUGCAACCUUUUCGAGAAAUCAAGGAAUAUAUUGGAUGAUUGCUCGAACAGGUGUGGCAGCCUGUGGCCUGAUGAUGAUCUUCACAAAUCAUUCGAGUGCUGGAGAGCUUUUGGGGAAUCAAACAGUGACGACAAACUAUCGUCACUACUCUGAAUUUGAGCUUAAUUUUCUGACGAUUGGAUCGAUUAUCGUUCAAAUCUUGUCCUUUUUCAUUGCCUUUUUUCUCCCAAUGAGAGAAAUCACCGGCUCGAUAUUCAGUCAACGAAAAGUCACCACAAUGAUAGAGCAAUUAGAAGCUUUUCUCAAAAAUCUCUUUGAUAUCGACAUUCUAUUGUUGGUUCCAUUCCAUAUUUUUGCUGGAAUGUAUGUCGCUUUUUUGCUCACCGUUUACCCGACGACGGUGUUGUUUACUAGUGAUUUUGCGACGUAUCGAGACCUAGUUGGCUACAUUUGCAUGGCAUUAGCAGUUGGAGAAAUAGCAAUCGGUCUCUUCAUCAGUUUGAUGAGUUGCAAGUUCAAAAAUUUCGGUUUAUGGCCGGUGUUUUUAAUGACUCUUGGAAGCUUUGCGAUCAGUGUGUCCUUAUUGGUGCUCUUCACUCCAGAAAUGGCUUCAAUCAAGCCCACAAAUGGGAAAGCGAUUUUGGGAACAAGUCUUAUUGCAGCUCUUCUAAUGGGUGCACUAAAUGGAGUGAUUGAUGGAUGUCAGAGUAACGUUCGGAUGGUCUUAUCGGCCACGAUUUUACCCUCAAAUCCGGCGAUUGCUUUCAGCAUAGCGAGAUUUUGGCAGGCAGCAGCUUCGGCAAUGUUCUGUUUGGUCAGCACUCGCUUAACUGUUUAUCAAUUGGCUACUCUGCUCACUUUCUCAAUGAUGACGGCUGCCAUUGGAUUCUCGAUAUUGACGAGAAGGCUGAGAAAUCGUGAAAUGAAAAGA